UUGGAGGGGGGCAGAGCCUCUGGUGGGGGACACACAGACCCUAGUCCCCACCUCUCUCCACCCCUUCCUUCCUGCCUGCCUCAAUAGUUAAGCCUCCCCCUCAGUGGCUACACCUCAGAAACCACUGGAGUCACCAGAGAUGGGGACAGAGUCCACACAGCAGGUCUCCUGGGGCCCCUACUCCGGGGAGGACAAGCAGGCAUACUCGGCUGAGCCACUGCCAGAAUUCUGCGACAAGGAGGAUGUUCGGGCCUUCAGGGAGGUAUUCCUACUCACUGUCACUCUGAUGGCGGCAGGGCCGGGUCUGAUUGGCAAUAGCCUGGUCCUUGCCACUCACCUGGCAGCCCAAAAGGCUACCACCCGCUCACCCUCUUCUGCCCACCUGCUCCAGCUGGCCCUGGCAGAUCUUUUUUUUGCCCUGAGCUUGUUCUUUGCAGCCUUGGAGCCUCGGCUAGGCCGGCCUCUGGGAACUGCCACCUGCGCGGCCAUCUGGGGUCUCUACACUGCCUCCUUCUAUGCUGGCUUCUUCUUCCUGGCCCUCAUCAGCAUCAACCGCUACAUUGUCUUCACAAAGACUAGGCGGGAGGUCUACUCGCUGGGUGUGGCGCACUUCAUCUCAGUCUCCGUGUGGUUGGUGUCACUGCUCUUGGCGCUGCCUGCGGCCAUUUACAGCCGGAACAGGCAGCGAGAAGGCCGGUGGUUCUGCAGUCUCGUCUUCCCGGAGUCCCACGCCCAGACCGUGAAGGGGAUAAGCGCUGUCGCGCAGGCUAGCUUGGGCUUCCCGCUGCCGCUGGGCAUCAUGAUGGCCUGCUACCUGGUCCUGGGCCGCACGCUGCUGGCCGCCAGGGGGCCUGCACGCCAGCGCGCGCUGCGCGUUGUGGUGGCCCUGGUGGCUGCCUUCGUGAUGCUGCAGCUGCCCUACAGCCUUGUCCUGCUGUGGGAUACCGCCGACCUGCUGGCUGGCCGCGAGCGGAGCUGCCCCUCCAGCAAGCGCAAGGAUGUGGCUCUGGUGGUGACCGGAGGCCUGGCCUUUCUUCGCUGCGCCGUCAAUCCCGUCCUCUACGCCUUUUUGGGCCUGCGCUUCCGCCAGGAGCUGCGGAGGCUGCUAACCCCUCAGUCCCUCCGCAGGCUGCUAACCCCUCAGUCCCUCCGCAGGCUGCUAACCCCUCAGUCCCUCCGCCGCAGCCUCCGCGGGCCCCCACCGGCCCCGCCUCUCCUCGUAGUCGGUUCCCACUGAGAUCUACAGCGUCUCCUUCGGGAACAGCUAGGACUGCGAAUCAAGAGGGAGUGGGCUGAGGAAACGAUUCCAGGGAGGGGAGUGGGGCGGGGGGACCCUGAGAAAGUGGUAGGGACCUAAGCGAAUUGCCUCUGUAACUUGUCACAUUACGCUGAUAAUAUGGAAAUGAGAUGCAACCCAA